UUUUGUUGAUGCUCAAAUUGUAGACGAAAAUGGAUGAAUCAGUAAACCAGACCAUCUUCGAUGCCAGUACAUACCGAUCAGGACGGUCCACACCUUUGCCUGCAUCCGGACAUUCGUUGCAUAUGGAGUUAAUCCACUAUGCGACGGCUUCGUGUCGGAUGUUUUACAUCCAGGACGCUUCUGCCUGGCAGGAAUGGACGACGGAACUUGAGUCCUUUGAGGAUCUCUCUGUCUCCGAAGUGUGCCACAUAUUCCUUACAGAUGUGCUACCUCGACUGGACACUUUCAAACUACCGGAGCGAAUUGCGAAGCGCUUUAAGCUUCUGGAUAUCCAUCCAUUUUUUCGACGCGUUUCGGAGGGUUAUCAGUACAGUCCGGACUGCGAACUAGCGGCCCGCUUCGUCUUGCAGCGCCAUAAGGAUUAUAGACUAACUGACGAUAUCGAGUUAACGAGGACACCAGAUUCCCAAGAAAUAUCACAAACCUUACUUGUGGACAACAAAGAGGUGGAGCAAAAGACAUGUGUUGGGUACAAAAGCAAAAUUAGUCCGGAAUCGGCUGUUCUGUUCUCGAUCUUGGUGUCCACCGAUCUGGAGCUUUCCAUUGGCCAGAUUCACGAUCUGGGAGAGAUUCACAGCCGGUUGCGACGUGCUAAGCAGUCUUUCGAGGACACUGCCAGAUUGACUCCCUAUCGCAAAGAUGUUGACGACUUGAUUUCUAAUGCGAACGUCUUUGUCAAGCUAAAAUCUAAACUUUGUCGGGCAAUUAGUGAUUGUAAGAAAUAUUAG